AUGAACAAGGACCUGAUAGACAAGGACCUGAUGGACGCCCUGAUGGACAAGGACCUGAUGAACAAGGACCUGAUGGACAAGGACCUGAUAGACAAGGACCUGAUGGACAAGGACCUGAUGAACAAGGACCUGAUAGACAAGGACCUGAUGGACAAGGACCUGAUAGACAAGGACCUGAUAGACAAGGACCUGAUGAACAAGGACCUGAUGGACAAGGACCUGAUAGACAAGGACCUGAUGGACAAGGACCUGAUAGACAAGAACCUGAUGGACAAGGACCUGAUAGACAAGGACCUGAUGAACAAGGACCUGAUGAACAAGGACCUGAUGAACAAGGACCUGAUAGACAAGGACCUGAUGAACAAGGACCUGAUAGACAAGGACCUGAUGGACAAGGACCUGAUAGACAAGAACCUGAUGGACAAGGACCUGAUAGACAAGGACCUGAUGAACAAGGACCUGAUGAACAAGGACCUGAUGAACAAGGACCUGAUGAACAAGGACCUGAUGAACAAGGACCUGAUGAACAAGGACCUGAUGAACAAGGACCUGAUAGACAAGGACCUGAUGGACAAGGACCUGAUGGACAAGGACCUGAUGGACAAGGACCUGAUGGACAAGAACCUGAUGGACAAGAACCUGAUGGACAAGGACCUGAUGAACAAGGACCUGAUAGACAAGGACCUGAUAGACAAGGACCUGAUGGACAAGGACCUGAUGGACAAGGACCUGAUGGACAAGAACCUGAUGGACAAGAACCUGAUGGACAAGGACCUGAUGAACAAGGACCUGAUGAACAAGGAGCCGAAAUACAAGGGUGGAAGCUGGAGCUUCAGAUGA